AUGAGACCAGAAUGGAAUAAUACUGAUCUGGAAUGCAUUUGGAUUACCAUUCCAGGAAGUAACAUAGGCUCUUCGUAUGACAUACACAUUUCGGUAGUUUAUAUACCACCUAAUAGUCAAAUAUCUUCGCGCAUAAAGGAUCUCAUUAACACAUUGUUAGCUGUUCGUGAUAAAUACCCAAAUGACUAUAUAAUUGUUUCAGGAGAUUUUAAUUUACCAUGUAUUGACUGGAGUUCUGGAGACCCAGUUAUACGUAGGAAAGGAUCAGUCGAAGUUCAAACUGCAGCAUCUGAUCUUAUAUCUUGUUGUUCUUUCAUAGGACUUUCUCAAUACAAUACACUCUUAAACAGUAGCAAGAAUACUCUAGACUUAAUCUUUUCAUCUUUCCCAAUAAAAGUUCAAAAAUCUGAAUUUGUGCUUGUUAUAGAAGAUGUAUAUCAUCCAGCUCUGUACAUAUCUGCGACGGACAUCUUAGUACCUUCACGUAGGCCUUCUUUAAGGACUAAAUAUCAAUUUAAGCGAGCAGACUACCGUAGUAUGAAUGAUUUACUUUUGAAACAAGACUGGGCUUUUAUCACAAGGGAAACAAGUUUAGAUCGUGUUACUGAUAAAUUUUACAGUAUAAUAAAUGAAUUAAUUGAAAAAUUCGUUCCUAAAAUCCGAUGUAGUAGUAAUUAUUCUUAUCUAAUAUGGUACAGCAGAGCACUAAUUAACCUUAUAAAAGAAAAGAGUAAAUUGCACUCUAGUUGGAAGAAGCAUAAAAAUCCGAUUGAUUACGCAGACUUUCCGGAGCUGAGAAAAUGA